AUGCCGCUCCCGUGUAUCGAAGUGUCACAAUUAGCGCCGUCGACCUCUUUCUACGCCGCUGUCCUUCAGCCUCUUGGUAUUCGCUAUUUGACGUCGGAAAGUGUAGCGUCCGGUCCUGAUUUUGCAACCUUUGGUUGCUGUCAGGGUCCUGUUUUACAUCUCCGCCAGAUUGCACAGCCGACCGCGCUGCGACUAUCGUCAAUUCGACUCAGCGCUCCAUCCCCUGCGGCGAUCCUGGCCUUCCAUAGGCAAGGCAUGGAGGCAAAUCCAGGGUCCAUCUUCACUGCCAACAGUCCUGUCAAUCACUCAGCGAUAUUCGAUCCUGACGGUAACAUGAUGCAAGCUGUCUGCACUGGACAUGUUUGCCGGCCUGACAUGAUCACUGGCCAGUAUGCUCUCGUAUUAAAUCCGCAACAAGAGACACCCCUGUGCCACAUCCUCGAUCGGAAUAGUAGCACACCUGAGCCCUCUACCGCUCCGGUCGUCGAAAGGGGUGGCAGUACGAAUGAUGCGUCCGAAAACCGGAAUUCGCCUGAAGGAGUUGAUUCUAUUCAGAGAGAGACCGGAAAAGCCAGUACCCCAAACAGUGGCAUGUCUACCGUUCUGAGUGCCCUCAUAGGGGUGGCCGCCGGCGCAGCGGCUGGUGCAGCCAUCACAUAUGGUGUCAUGUCGGCUAAAACACCUCAGUUGGUUCCAACCCAGAUGAUAGCGAGACAAGGGUCUCUCGCCAACGAUACCAAUAGCAUAUCGCCCGAGUUGGUUGAUCGAGAUCCGCAAACCCCAAUUCCACUGAGAUCGCAUCGAAUUACAUUUCAAGAAGAUCAACCAUCAACGGUGAGGAAGCCACCAACUCUGCCGCCGGCAUCAACUUGUCCACCGGCAUCUAUUCGCCCGCCGGCUUCAGUUCGUCCGCCAGCCUCAACUUGUCCGCCAGCUUCAGUUCGUCCGCCAGCAUCAACUUGUCCGCCAGCGUCAGUUCGCCCGCCAGCAUCAGUUCGCCCGCCCACGUCCGUUCACGAAAGCAAUGUCCUCCAAACCCGCAGCAACGAUACUGGAGAUGGUCAAGAAGACAAAGGAAAGGAGCUAGUCAAAAUUUCCAGCGAUGCAGGGCUUCCUCCCUCGAAACCGAGUUCCACCGUAUCAACUCGACAGCUUACGCUUCCACCACCAGCCAGCCCGUCUUCGGAGACACAGACAAGUGUCGCUAAGGGUCCAUCACCUAGGAAAGACCACGAGACAGUCGUUUCAGCCCAUUCGCGAGUUCCCUCCUCGUCUACUACCCCUGCUCAAGUGUCAACAAGAAGCAGCGAACUCUUAACGACGGUAGCUUCUUCAGUGUCAAAACGUGCUCCUAGAGAUGCACCAAGUAAACACGAUUUUCAUCUAAGAAGCAUCGAUAACAAAUCUUCCGUCUCCGAACGGUUACCAGAGCCACGGUCAAGGGGGGUGCCCUCCCCCCAGCCACGUUCUAUAACCGAAGUGUCGCAACGCUCCUCCAGCUCUGCUCCGGGUCGAUCUGACAUGAGCGAAGUUUCGGAGGCACGAGGCCAUGCAUCCGGUAGGAAGUCGGAUGUAUCCGCCUCUCGCCACCACAACAGCGACGAUAAACGCAGUCAUGUCUCAGCAAAGAAUAUACCACUCCCCGAGAGUCGGUGUACGAGCGAGUUCUUCGACACAGAGAGCCAUACCUCUGACAAGACGGUAUCCGCUAUCCGCCAUCACAACAGCGAUGAUAAGCGCAGUCACGUCUCCGCAAAGAAUAUCCCACUUCCCGAAAUCACGUCUCCGCAAAGAAUAUCCCACUCCCUACUAGUCGGUGCUCUAACGGUAUCUACUGCCCACCAUCACAGUAGUAGUGAUGAUAAAGGCAGCCAUGUUUCGGCAAAGAACAUCCCACUCCCUGUUAGCCGCUGUACUAGCGAAUUCUACGACACGCGAAGCCAUGCUUCCGCUAGGAAGACGAAUGUACCUGCUAGUGGCCAUCACAGGAAUGACGAUCAACGCAGCCAUAUUUCGGCAAAGAGCGUCCCACUCCCUGCUAGUCGCUGCACUAGCGAGUUCGAUGCGCAAAGCUCGACUAGAAAGGCGAGCUCAUCGGCUACUUGUCCUCACAGUGGUGAUGAUAAACGCAGUCAUGUCUCGGCCAGAAAUGUCCCACUCCCUGCUAGUCAGGCGGGUAAUAGCGAGUUUUUCGACACACAGAGUCAUACCUCCGCUAGGAAGACAGACGUACCCGCUAGUCGUAACCAUGAUAGUGAGGAUAAACGAAGCCGCGUUUCAGCAAGAGAUGUGCCGCUCCCCUCUAGUCGGGUAGGUGCCAGCGGCGAGUUUUUCGAUUCAGUCACGCACAUAUCCGCGAGGGAAACGGAUGUAUCUGCUAGAAAAUCAGACGUUUCCACUGGUCGCCACCAGAACGAUGAUAAACGCAGCCGCGUUUCCGCACGAGACGUCCCGCUUCCCUCUAGCCGGGCGCGUUCAUCCGCGAGUCGUAAGGAUAUUGCCGGUGUGGGAGACUCACAAAGCCGUGUUUCUGCAAAGAAUAUACCCCUGCCUGCCAGCAGGGUAGGUAACCGCAAUAGCCAGGUCUCGGCGCGAAACAUUCCACUCCCUGCCAGUUGCGUCGGUACCAAUUAUCAUAACGGCCCACCGAGCCAUAUUUCUGCGAAAAAUGUUCCGCUACCUGGUAGUCAUAUUGGAAGCAGCCGCGCGAACUGGGAUGACGACCUACGAAGCGUAGCACCGAGCGACAGCAUUAGUUGCGUUGGAGCGAAGUAA